GAGCGGGACGUGAACCGAGCAUCAAACACCUGGCACUCGCGACUGGGUUCUUCCCUGAGGCAGAGGAAGACGAGAGUCGCAUGAUCAAAUUCCUGAGCACCAGAGCGUUGCGAUGUGCGAGCGUUGCGACUCCAUACGAUGGUCGUGGACUCGACAGUUGCCUCCACUCGUCAGCACGUGGGUUCUCGGCCCAGGCCGCCCAUCUGCUCGAGCAAUGUCCAAGCGACUCGGAGCUCCCGCCUUCAGACUUCGACUCUCGUUCCUACGCCGGUAUGCUCCAAGACUGCAUCCGCAGCGGCGACCCCACUUUGGCCAGGCCUCUCCACUGCGACGUCAUCAAGAGGGGUGCUUGCCUGGACUUGUUCGCUUCCAACAUCCUUCUCAAUGCGUACGUGAAGUCCGAGCUCUUGGGGGAUGCUUGCAUUCUUUUCGACGAAUUGCCCAGGAGAAAUACCAUAUCGUUUGUGACGUUGAUCCAGGGCUUAGCGCAGGCCCUCCGGUUUGGCGAGGCUGUCGAACUUUUCGUUAGGCUGCAUAGGGAGGGGCACGAGCUGAAUCCAUUUGCUUUCACUACUUUCUUGAAAUUGCUUGUGAGUGUGGUGAGGGCAGACAUGGCUGGUGCUGUUCAUGCAUGCAUAUGUAAGUUGGGCCAUGAUACGAAUGCUUUUGUUGGGACAGCUUUGGUAGAUGCUUACUCUGUGGGUGGAUAUGUUUCCUGCGCCAAGGAUGUUUUUGGUGGGAUUGUUUUCAAGGACAUGGUUUCCUGGACUGGGAUUAUAUCCUGCUGCGCCGAGAAUGGAUGCUUCGAAGAGGCCAUGGGUUUCUUCUCUCAAAUGAGAGUUGUUGGGUUUAAGCCAAAUAACUAUACCUUUGUCAGUGUUUUGAAGGCUUGUCUUGGUAUGGGGACUAUACACUUGGGGAGAAGCGUUCAGGGAUGCACGUUGAAAACACAUUAUGAGCUGGAUGUACAUGUAGGUGUGGCAUUGCUAGAAUUGCAUAGUGGAUUGGGUGACAUGGAGGCUGCGCGGAGGGUCUUUGAAGAGAUACCUAAGAACAAUGUGGUUCCUUGGAGCUUUAUGAUUGGGCGGUAUGCUCAGAUUAGCGAGAGUAGAAAAGCGGUGGAGCUUUUCUGUCAGAUGAGACGAGCUUUUGUCCUCCCCAAUCAGUUUACCUUUGCGAGUUUGUUGCAAGCAUGUGCCACUAUGGAGUCUUUACAAUUGGGUGAGCAAGUGCACUGUAACGUCCUCAAGGUUGGCCUUGACUCGGAUGUGUUUGUCUCAAAUGCUCUGAUGGAUGCCUAUGCUAAGAGUGGAAGGAUUGACAGUUCUGUUAAAAUAUUUGAGGAAUCACAGGCUACAAAUGAUGUGACUUAUAACACUCUGAUUGUUGGCUUUGCACAAAUAGGUGAGGGGCAGAAGGCAUUGAGUUUGUUCUCAAAUAUGCUUGAUCAUCGACUGAUGGCAACUGAAGUGACUUAUUCUAGCGCUCUUCGUGCUUGCGCUGGCUUAGCAUCUCUGGAGCCAGGAAACCAGAUCCAUUCUCUGACCAUCAAAACUACUUAUGACAAGAACACAGUAGUUGGUAAUUCUUUGAUAGAUAUGUAUGCCAAGUGUGGGGCCAUCAAAGAAGCUCGACUAGUGUUUGAUCGGAUGCAUGCACGAGAUGAAGUUUCGUGGAAUACUAUGAUCUCAGCGUAUUCUAUGCAUGGUCUUGGUGGAGAGGCUCUAAACAUAUUCGAGAUGAUGAAUUCAAGCAAAUCUCGACCAAAUAAGUUAACUUUUGUUGGCGUCUUAUCAGCAUGUAGCAAUUCUGGACUUAUGGAUCAAGGUCAACGGUAUUUUCAUUCUAUGGUGCAUAGCUAUGGCGUUGAACCUUGUGUAGAGCAUUACACCUGUAUGGUUUGGCUUUUGGGAAGAUUAGGCUAUCUCGAUAAGGCUAUGAAAUUGAUUCAGGAGAUGCCAUUUGAACCUAGUGUCAUGGUGUGGCGGGCUUUGCUUGGUGCUUGUGUUAUCCAUCAUAAUGUCAAGCUGGGAAGACUUUCAGCAGAGCGUGUGCUUGAAAUGGAACCUCAUGAUGAAGCAGCCUAUGUUCUGUUGUCCAACAUUUAUGCAAAUGAAAGGAGGUGGGAGAAUGUUGCUGCUGUGAGGAAAAAAAUGAAACGGCGAGGCAUCAAAAAGGAACCAGGGUUAAGUUGGUUUGAAUAUCAGGGAACAGUCCAUUACUUCACUGUUGGGGAUAUUUCACAUUCUGAUAUGAAGCUGAUCAGUGGGAUGUUGGAGUGGUUGAACAUGAAAGCCAAGAAGGAAGGGUUUGUUCCUAAUUGUAGUGCUAUAUUACUUGCUGUUGAAGAUGAAGAAAAGGAGCGUUUGCUGUGGUUACACAGUGAAAGAUUAGCUUUAGCAUUUGCGCUUAUCAAAAUGCCCUAUGGAAACCCUAUACGUAUUAUGAAGAAUCUUCGAAUAUGCGUGGACUGCCAUGCUGCAAUAAAGCUGAUAUCAAAGAUUGUGCCGCGGGAAAUUAUCAUCAGAGAUAUCAACCGCUUCCAUCAUUUUCACAACGGGGCAUGUUCUUGUGCUGAUUAUUGGUGAUUGGGAAUUUGAAAUUUGGCAUAGGAUCUAUUGUGAAAUUAACGCAAAAACUAAUGGAUCUCGCAAUUCAAGUCUAGCACGAGAAGAAGAGAUUAUCAAAGAAAUCAAUGAGAACUGAUAAGGACACUAGAGAUUUACGUUGUUUGGUCCGAGUGUUGGAUGUCAAACG